UGUCUCUCAGUCAGUCAGUCAGUCAGUGAGUUGCCCGGGUCCGCUACGCCUGCGUCCGCCUCCGCAGCUCUCCAAAGCCGAGACGCGCCACCGCCGCCGUCAUUGCGGGCAUGACAUACUGGCAACAGUAGUGGGCUUCCGCCAGGCUGCUUUUAAGAAAAUUACAAAGGAGAGGAAGAGACACAAGAGUAGAGGAGAGUGAAGUGACUCAUUUCCACCCGAGCUUGUGCGUUGAGAAGAGUAGAUGAGCCAAUGGCUGGGGCACAGCCGGGAGUUCAUGCGCUGCAGCUCAAGCCAGUGUCCGUACCCGAGAGCCUAAGAAAGGGCAACAAAUUUAUGAAAUGGGAUGAUGAUUCAACCACUGUGACCCCGGUGACUCUGACAGUUGACCCCAAAGGUUACUUCCUGUAUUGGACUGACCAGAGCAAGGAUACAGACCUUCUGGAUAUAGCAUACAUAAAAGAUGCCAGAAACGGAAAGUGCGCGAAAACGCCAAAGGAAGCCAAGCUGCGCGAGCUGCUGGAUAACAGCACGCUGUCGGGGAAGUUGGAGAGCAGGAUGCUGACGGUUGUGAGUGGCACCGACAUGGUGAAUAUCACCUACCUGAACUUCAUGGCGUUCCAAGAGGAGAUUGCGCAGGAAUGGGCAGAAGAGCUUUUCAACCUGGCGUCCAACCUCUUGGUGCAGAACAUGUCCAGAGAGGCGUGCCUCGAAAAAGCAUACACCCGGCUGAAGCUGCAGCUAAACCCUGAGGGAAGAAUCCCCGUCAAGAAUAUCUUCAGGAUGUUCUCGGCAGACAGGAAACGAGUGGAGACAGCGUUGGAAAGCUGUAACCUCCCUUCUGGCAGAAAUGACUCCAUUCCCCAGGAGGACUUCACUCCAGAUGUCUAUAGCAUGUUCCUGAGCAACAUCUGCCCUCGGCCUGAGCUGGACCACAUCUUCUCUGAAGUGGGAGCCAAGAGUCGACCAUACCUCACAGUGGAGCAGAUGACAGAGUUCAUUAACAGUAAACAGCGAGACCCUCGUCUGAACGAGAUACUCUACCCUCCUCUCAAACCAGAGCAGGUCCAGCUGCUGGUUGACAAAUAUGAACCCAAUGCUUUGCUGGCACAGAAAGGUCAGAUCUCAGCAGAAGGCUUCACCAGGUACCUGAAUGCAGAAGAGAACAGCAUCAUUCCUCCGGAGAAGCUGGACCAGAGUGAAGACAUGACCUUUCCCCUCUCUCACUAUUUCAUCAACUCCUCACACAACACAUACCUCACAGCCGGCCAGCUCGCAGGCAACUCUUCGGUCGAGAUGUACAAACAGGUCCUCCUUUCUGGGUGCCGCUGCAUUGAACUGGACUGUUGGAAGGGUCGCACCACAGAAGAAGAGCCUGUUAUCACCCAUGGCUUCACCAUGACAACUGAAAUCUCCUUCAAGGAGGUAAUUGAAGCUAUAGCAGAGUGUGCCUUCAAGACCUCGCCUUUCCCCGUCAUCCUGUCCUUCGAGAAUCACGUGGACUCACCAAAGCAGCAGGCUAAGAUGGCUGAGUAUUGCCGGUCAAUAUUUGGAGACGCAUUGCUGACAGAACCUCUGGAGAAAUAUCUUAUCGCAGGUUCCACCAAAGAGGAAGUGGCAGAUUCCACACAGCCCUCUGAUGGUACUGAGCUUACACUGAGACCACAGGGCAGAAAGUCUAUCGGUGAAGUGGAGGCCGAAAGCGAGGACGAAGAUGAUGAUGAUGAUGACUGUAAAAAGGGAUCAAUGGAUGAGGGCACAGCAGGCAGUGAGGCAUUCGCUACAGAGGAAAUGUCCAACUUGGUCAUCUACAUCCAACCUGUCAAAUUUAACAGCUUCGAGGCUUCCAAAAAGAUCAAUCGAAGCUACCAGAUGUCAUCCUUUGUCGAGACCAAAGCUUUAGAGCAGCUGACCAAAUCUCCUGUAGAGUUUGUGGAAUACAACAAGCUGCAGCUGAGCAGGAUCUACCCUAAAGGCACUCGAGUGGAUUCAUCCAACUACAACCCUCAGCUGUUCUGGAACGCAGGCUGUCAGCUGGUGGCUCUCAAUUUCCAGACUAUUGAUUUAUCAAUGCAGCUCAACCUGGGCAUGUAUGAGUACAAUGGGAAAUGUGGCUACAGACUGAAACCAGAGUUUAUGAGACGGCCGGAUAAGCACUUUGACCCAUUUACCGAGAGCACAGUGGAUGGGAUAGUAGCCAACACACUGUCUGUGAAGUUGCUCGACCAAAGGCCACUCUACAACUUCCACGUUGGCACUUUGUUUGGAGCAAAGUUAAAAUCUAACUCAAACCUUGCAGGCUAUCACUACAUCAGUCUGAGGAAUGAGAAGAACCAGUCCCUGACGUUACCUGCUCUGUUUGUGUAUGUUGAAGUAAAGGACUAUGUCCCAGAUACAUUUGCAGACGUCAUUGAAGCCUUGUCCAAUCCAAUCCGCUAUGUCAACCUGAUGGAGCAAAGAGCCAAUCAGCUGGCUGCUCUCACCUUGGAAGAGGGAGGGGAGGAGGAGGGUGACAAAGAGGUGGAGACAUUAAGUGAUGCCCCCUCAGAAUCAAAGGAUCAGAGGAUAACGCCCGCUGAGAACGGACUGAGCCACACACCCACUCCCCCCAAACCUCAGUCACUGGUCAGCCACCAGCCUCAGCCUGCAGGCUCAUUGAAACCAUCAGUGAAGACUGAAGACAUCAUCCAGAGUGUUCUUACGGAACUGGAGGCUCAGACAGUGGAGGAGCUGAAGCAACAGAAGGGCUUCGUUCGGGAGCAGAGAAAGCAGUACAAGGAGAUGAAGGAGCUGGUUCGGAAACACCACCGCAAGACCAGCGAGCUGAUCAAGGAGCACCAGGCUCGUGUGUCGGAGCUGCAGAGCCAGCAUCAGCGUCGGCGCUCUGCCCUGCAAAAGAGCCAUAAAAGAGAUGGUAAGAAAAGUCGGUCUGAACAAUCUCUGUCCACACUGGACCAAGAGCUGUGUGACCUGGAGCAGGAGUGCAGCCAGAGACUGGCCGAACUGAAGGAACAGCAGCAACAGCAGCUCCUCACACUUCGCCAGGAGCAAUACUACAGCGAGAAAUACCAGAAACGAGAACACAUCAAGCAGUUGGUUGAGAAGCUGACCAGUAUAGCAGAGGAAUGCCAGAGCGCUCAGCUGAAAAAGCUCAGAGACAUCUGUGAGAAAGAAAAGAAGGAUCUUAAAAAGAAGAUGGACAAGAAAAGGCAAGAGAAAAUCAAUGAGGCCAAAUCCAAAGACAAGAAUAUGACAGAAGAAGAGAAGCUAGAGAUCAACAGAUCGUUUGUCAAUGAGGUGGUGCAGUAUAUCAAACGGUUGGAAGACGCCCAGAGUAAAAGACAGGAGAGGCUACUGGAGAAACACAAGGACAUCCGCCAGCAAAUCUUGGAUGAGAGGCCAAAGGAUUACUGUGCAGCUGCGGAGCAUGGUAAGAACUUUGUUGCAUCCCAGUGUUGA